CUGCUCCUCAUCCCCGUGUCUCCCCCAAACCACAUUCAAACCCUCGCUCUUCCGUCUUCCCCCCUUCCAAACCCAGCGGCGCCCCCCAACCCCGGGGCGUCUCCCCCAAACCCCUUCCUCCCUCGCCCCUGCGUCUGCCUCGCCUCUCCGUCUCCCCCGCCCCUUCCAAACCCAGCCGCCGCCCUCCCAACCCCCCCCCCCCCACACACACACACACACACACCCAACAUUUCCAACCCAACCCAGCCUCACCCCCCAUUCUCCCUCACCCCUUCCGACCCAGCCGUAGGAGGCGUCGCAGAGGCUGUUGGAGGCGGCAGAGAGGGGGGAUCUGAUGGCGGCAGCGGAGUGCCUCGUGGAUCUGAUGGUGGACGUCAGAUGGUAGGAUCCCUUGUGAAGGCCGCCAGCUCCAAAAUCGUCGUUCUUGACAUGUAUACGCAAUGGCAAGCAGAGAGGAUGCUACCAAUAUGUUAGGGCCAUGGGGUGGUUCUGGUGGGACAGCAUGGUCGUUUGAGAAGGCCCAAGCGAUCACCAAAAUCAAAAUUUGUGUGGGGGAUGUCAUCAAUUCAAUCACCUUUCAGUAUAUGGAUGGCGAGACAGCCCGCUGGUCCCCUAGGUACGGGGGUGCCGGGGGCACGCCUGUAGAGAUUGAGCUUGGACCAGCCGAGUUUAUCCUCUCCAUAAAGGGCUAUUACGGUGCUUACGCAGGAAUGACAAUUAUAUACUCACUUACUUUUGUUACCACCGUUCGUGAGUACGGCCCUUAUGGCCGAGAGCACGGAACUCAAUUUUAUGUUCCCAAAGGUACAGGUUGGAUCAACAGCUUCCAUGGGCGCUCGGGUGACCUACUUGAUGCAAUUGGGGUAUACAGAAAAACAUCAUUUGAGUGUGGAGUUGUUAAGGUGGGCCCAUGGGGUGAAUUAAGGCCACAAAAUUUACGGGACAUCGAGGGCACCCCUACACAACUUACCAAAAUUAUAAUUCGUUAUAGCGGAUGUAUUGAGUCGAUUAAAUUUCAGUACGUGGCCGACGGAGUGACCAAAUGGUCUCGCACCUGGGGCAGCGAAAAUGGAUCCACGGCUGAGAUUGAUCUUGGAACCAAUCAUUACCUUACAGCUAUAUCCGGUUACUAUGGCAUAUUUCAUGGCAAUCGUGGCAAUUAUUAUGGCUACACCGUCAUAAGAUCGCUUACAUUUGUGAGCACCAUGGGCACCCAUGGACCAUACGGUCCGAAGGCAGGAACCGCUUUCUCCUUUCCUGUGAAAGUUGGGAAAGUUGUUGCCUUCUUCGGACGUGCAGGUCAGUGGCUUGAUGCUCUCGGGUUUUACUUGAAGCCCAAUUUGGUCUAGUUAUUCCGGAUUAGCUAUGGAUGUUUGCUUAUAAUCGCAUUGUAAUAAAUAAUGAAGAUGCUAUCUCCAAGCUGUGUUUGUUGUUGUCUUGUUGAUCUGUGCAACCAACUAUAUAUGUUUACUUUUGAUCUAUUCCCUUGGUAAUAAAUCUAGAUGUAAUGAACUCUCGAUGUUAUUAUCCUAAUAGAUUCGGUUGGUAGAUA